UAAGCAUUUAUGAGCCGCUGUAAGCCACCCCAAAAAGGCAGAAAAUUGCAGCUUGUUAUUACUGCUAUCUUGUUGAAAAGAAGAAGCAUUUGUCGAAGCUUCCAAAAACGCAAAUGGCAAAUGCCAAAGCAGUAGUACAGCUAGCUGAGCCUUGAGUAGUGAGAGGUGAAACAGGCAAGGCGACACGCCAAGCUCAUCACCCUCCUCUUUGUCGCAGCUUUACCUCAAUAGCAAGUCCCACAGCUAACCAAUCCUUCUCCGCGCCCGCUUCUUCUUCCAUGGACGCCGCCGCCGCCGCCGUCUCCACCCUCUCCGCGCUCGCCGUCUUCGCGAGCACCCUCGACCACGGCGCCGUGAGGAGCGUGCACGGGUACAAGGUCUACGGGAGGGGAGGGAGGCGGAGGUGGGAGAGGUGGGUGGAGAGGGAGUUCGUCCUCACCCCGGCGUCGUGCCGCGAGGUCCCGGCCCCCGUCGCGCCGCCACGGAUACUGCCGGCGGAGUGGCGCGGCCGGCCGGCGUACCGCGAGGGGCAGGUGGUGGCGGCGGGAGCCUGGCGCUGCAUUCUGGCCUUCGAUUCCGCCGCCGCGCCGCCGCGCACGCCGCCGCCCGUGCUCUCCCCCUUCCUGAAUCCGAGGUUGAUGUGUGUGCCUUCCCUGUACAACGACCUGGAAAAGGUGUUUCGGUUUCAGAAUGUAGAGAAGAUCCCCAAGCUCAUGCAGUGUGAUUCGGAGGAGAAACUGAGCAGUUGGGAUGCACGGGAUAAAAGUUCUGAUGAGGUUCAUGCAUCAGAGUCUGAUUCUGAUGAUGAUCUCCAAUCUGGUGAAGAAGAAAAGCCAACAGUUCAGAAGCAGCGGAGAGCUAACAAGAAGCAUAUAGCCAGCAUUACUCUAGUUGACAUAGCUCAGUACUUCCAUCUCCCAAUCAGAGAAGCAUCAAGGACUCUGAAGAUCGGAGUCAGCAUACUGAAGAGGAAAUGCCGGCAAUAUAACAUACCCCGCUGGCCUCACCGGAAGAUCAAGUCCCUUGAUUCCCUCAUUCAAGAUCUUGAGUAUGUGAUUGAUGAUGGUGAUGAUCAUGAUGACACGGGAGAUGAUGUGCAGCAGGAGAAGCACAAGCAGACGGCAGAGGAGAAGCAGGAGGCGAUCAUGGCGCUCACAAGGCGGAAGCAGAUGCUGGAGACCGAGAAAGAGACCAUCCAGCAGAUUCCUGCCAUGGACCUGAAGGUAGAAACCAAGCAGUUCAGGGAAGAUGUUUUCAAGAGGAGAUACAGAGCAAAAAAAGAUUUAGCCAACGAUUAGCUUUGCUCUCUCUCUCUCAUGUGUAGCAAUGUAGCAUGUAGGAAAAUCAUUAGACAGUAGGAACUGGUGGCCGGUGCGUAUCAAAACUGGUCAACUGUAUCCGGUUAACUUUACCUGGUGGGAACAGAUUAUAAGUGAACAUUGUUUACCGCCAGCUUCUCAACGUCAACGGGGUGAUGUUGGUGGUUGUUUUGUUUCAGUUUUUCUAUGACUACGUCGUUAUUCAUCUGUC